AAUAAGUACCUGAUUAGGGCGUUGCAAAUGAAAAACUGGAGUGGAAUAGCUAGCCAGUCGUAUACUGGCUAGCUAUGUACUGGUGUGGGGGCGCGUUAAUUAUGUCGGAUGGACGUUUUGUAAUUUUCAGAUAGAUAUAGGCCUUGUUUUCUAUACAUAAGAUACACAUUUUUAUCAACAAAGACUAGAGUUAAGGAAUCUCAUCGGGUGAUUUCAUGGAUGUUAUUUCUACAACGUACCAGAACUUUUGUCAUCUGAACAUGACCCAUAUUAUGCAAAUGUGUAAUCUUUUAUGAGCAUGUGAACCGUCAAAUAAUCAACACGUGGUAACAAUUAUUGAGAGAUACUUCGUCUGAAACAAAAUUCAGAAAUGUCGACCACUUCUCAGAAGCACAGAGACUUCGUUGCCGAACCCAUGGGUGAAAAACCGGUGACUACACUGUCGGGAAUUGGACAAGUGUUGGGAAAGAAACUGGAAGAACAAGGUUUUGAUAAGGCAUACUUGGUCCUGGGUCAGUUUCUGUUGCUGCGGAAAGAUGGGGAGCUGUUUACUGAGUGGCUGAAGGAUGCAAGUGGAGCCAACACCAGGAAUGCUGCAUCCUGCUGCCAGUGCCUGAGAGAGUGGUGCGAUGCAUUUCUGUGACACUGGGCUGCUAGUCCAGUGUUAAAUGUUCACAUUUUAAUGUUUUAUAUAAAAUAUGGAAACCAUUACUUAGAACAAAAUGUACUAAUAAAGAUAUUGGCAAUUUG